AUGAAUGUCAAGGGCUGCAUCACAUCAAUCAUCAAUCAUCAAAACAAUAUUAAAGUGCCUGUUACUAAAGGAAGACCGCAAGAAAGUCUUUUAAGAGACAAUAGUGUGUUUACUCAUAAUGUAGCGUAUAAAUUGGCUAAGGAUUUACUCCAUCCGUCUCCAGCUGAAGAGAGGAGAAAAUGCAAACUUAAGAGGCUUGUUCAGCAUCCUAAUUCAUUCUUUAUGGAUGUAAAAUGUCCAGGAUGCUACAAAAUUACAACUGUAUUUAGUCAUGCACAGACUGUAGUUUUGUGUGUAGGCUGCUCAACAGUUCUUUGUCAGCCUACAGGAGGACGAGCUAGAUUGACAGAAGGUUGCUCGUAUAGGAAAAAGCAGCACUGAAAUGUUAUGGAAGAAUUAAAAAAAAAAUUUCCCCGAUAAUGGAAGCAGUGUUAAGAUUCUACGAUAUGUUACGUUUGUGGAAUCUGCAAUGUUUUUAUGUACAGAUGCCUAUCUAGGUGUACAAUAAAAUAUGUCUGAAGGGGA